UUGAGAGGAGAAGAUGGCUGCUUCAUGGAAGCCAUGAGAGCUAUCUUCAAAACCAUCAGAGACCGGCUCAGACCAAGUAGAAGACGACAGAGGACCAAGAAUUACAGGAUCUGUCGCAACUCUGCCAUGGCCAAGAUCAAGCCAUGUCAAGAGAGAAACCUGAAGAAGCAACUGACAUCGGAGCUGAACACCAAGAAGACCAAAGCGGUUAAUGGUAAAACUGCUAACUUGGACACUGCUGACUCUGAGAGAAGAGUGCAGGAAGAUGGAGCCCCUGGCGAACUCAAUGAAAGACUGAAGUAUUCUCUAUGGGCUUUUCAAGAGAGGCCUAAGCCACACUGGGUGCUCCAGAGAGGAUGGGGACAAAACACCAUGGAUGACCUAAACAUGGAUACUCUGGCAGAGGAGGAUCUUCAGCCUGCUGAAUCAGCCAAUGAGAGGGCGAAUAUGGAGGAAACUCUGGCUGUGGAGGAUCUUCAGUCUGCUGAACCAGCAAGCUGGCUUGUGGCCUAUGGCCAGAUGUGGUGGGAAAUAACGGACCAAGAUGGUCCUGUACUUUGCAGCAACAUGCCCAUCAUUUACUCUGGCCCUGGCUCCAGUUACCAUUUCCCAGCUGAGUGGGGCCUUGACCACCUGAUUGCUUGACCUAGCAAAUGAUCAUGGGCUCACCUCUAAUUAUAGGUGGCUGGGCUUGUGUGAAUGUGAACAGUUGGGAAGCCCAUGGGAGGCAGGACAGGCUUUACAUCAUUGUGGACAGCCAAUAAAUAUCUACUGUCAAGCAACAUCCUUCAACUGUUCAGAUGCCCUUCAACUGACCUACAUUAUAUUACAUCAUUAUUACAUUAUUAUCAUUAAAACUGUUUUGAUGUAUUGCAUUGAUAUCUCAUUGAGAUUCUACAUAA